CUGUCCGCGGCGUCCGGGCCAUCGGCCGCCAGCAGCCAUGCAGGGCGCGCGGGCCUGGCGGUGCCGCGGCCUCUUGCUGACCCGCGCUGCGCCGGGCCUCGCCGCGAGCCGCAGGUCUGAGAGGUUGGGGGAGACUAACCUGGCAGGGGGCCCCCAAUGAGCCACCUUUCUUCACCCCCCCAAAAACACAAGGGAGAGCGCAAAGGCCACGGUCUCCCCCGUGGUUCAGAAAGGGGUAGCUCCUCCCGGGACAAGGACCGAAGCGUGACGGUCAGUAGUUCAGUGCCCAUGCCGGCUGGAGGGAAGGGGAGCCGGACUAACUGCUCUCAGCCCACACCCCAGAAAGUCCCCAACCGCCUGAUCAGUGAGAAGUCACCGUACCUCCUGCAACAUGCCUACAACCCUGUGGACUGGUACCCCUGGGGGCAGGAAGCCUUCGACAAGGCCAGGAAAGAAGACAAGCCAAUUUUCCUUUCAGUGGGGUAUUCCACCUGCCACUGGUGCCACAUGAUGGAGGAGGAGUCCUUCCAGAACGAGGAGAUUGGCCGCCUGCUCAAUGAGGACUUUGUCAGCGUGAAGGUUGACCGGGAAGAGCGGCCCGAUGUGGACAAAGUGUAUAUGACCUUUGUGCAGGCCACCAGCAAUGGUGGGGGCUGGCCCAUGAGUGUGUGGUUGACUCCCAACCUACAGCCCUUUGUGGGGGGCACCUAUUUCCCCCCUGAGGAUGGCUUGACCCGAGUUGGCUUCCGCACAGUGUUGAUGAGGAUACGGGAGCAGUGGAACCAGAACAAGAGUACCCUGCUGGAAAACAGCCAGCGUGUCACCGCAGCUCUGCUGGCCCGGUCGGAGAUCAGCAUGGGUGACCGCCAGCUGCCACCCUCUGCUGCCACCAUGAACAGCCGCUGCUUCCAGCAACUGGACGAGGGCUAUGAUGAGGAGUAUGGCGGCUUUGCCGAGGCCCCCAAGUUCCCCACGCCAGUGAUCCUGAGCUUCCUGUUCUCCUACUGGCUCAGCCAUCGGCUAACUCAGGAUGGCUCUCGGGCCCAGCAGAUGGCCUUGCACACCCUGAAGAUGAUGGCCAACGGGGGCAUCCGAGACCAUGUGGGGCAGGGCUUCCACCGCUACUCCACGGACCGCCAGUGGCACGUCCCCCACUUUGAGAAGAUGCUGUAUGACCAGGCACAGCUCACGGUGGCCUAUUCACAGGCCUUCCAGAUCUCUGGUGACGAGUUCUACUCCGAAGUUGCCAAAGGCAUCCUGCAGUACGUGGCUCGGAACCUGAGUCACCGGUCUGGAGGCUUCUACAGUGCAGAGGACGCGGACUCACCCCCGGAGCGGGGCAUGCGGCCCAAAGAGGGUGCCUUCUACGUGUGGACAGUCAAAGAGGUCCAGCAGCUCCUCCCCGAGCCCGUGCUGGGCGCCACCGAGCCUCUGACCUCAGGCCAGCUCCUCAUGAAGCACUAUGGGCUCACGGAGGCCGGCAGCAUCAGCCCCAGUCAGGACCCAAAGGGGGAGCUGCAGGGCCAGAACGUGCUGACCGUCCGGUAUUCACUGGAGCUGACUGCUGCCCGCUUUGGCCUGGAAGUGGAGGCCGUACGGACCUUACUCAACUCAGGCCUCGAGAAGCUUUUCCAGGCCCGGAAACAUCGGCCGAAGCCGCACCUGGACAGCAAGAUGUUGGCGGCCUGGAACGGACUGAUGGUGUCUGGCUUUGCUGUGACCGGGGCUGUCCUGGGCCAGGAGAGGCUGAUCAGCUACGCCAUCAGUGGUGCCAAGUUCCUGAAGCGGCACAUGUUUGACGUGGCCAGUGGCCGCCUAAUGCGGACCUGCUAUGCAGGCUCUGGGGGGACCGUGGAGCACAGCAACCCGCCCUGCUGGGGCUUCCUGGAGGACUACGCCUUCGUGGUGCGGGGCCUGCUGGACUUGUACGAGGCUUCACAGGAGAGCGCGUGGCUCGAGUGGGCUCUGCGGCUGCAGGACACGCAGGACAGGCUCUUCUGGGACUCCCGGGGUGGCGGCUACUUCUGCAGUGAGGCUGAGCUGGGGGCUGGCCUGCCCCUGCGUCUGAAGGACGACCAGGAUGGUGCAGAGCCCAGCGCCAACUCCACGUCGGCCCAUAACCUGCUUCGGCUGCACGGCUUCACAGGCCACAAGGACUGGAUGGACAAGUGUGUGUGCCUGUUGACCGCCUUCUCUGAGCGCAUGCGCCGUGUCCCCGUGGCGUUGCCUGAGAUGGUCCGCGCCCUCUCAGCCCACCAGCAGACCCUCAAGCAGAUCGUGAUCUGUGGAGACCCCCAGGCCAAGGACACCAAGGCUCUGUUGCAGUGUGUCCACUCCAUCUACAUCCCUAACAAGGUGCUGAUUCUGGCUGAUGGGGACCCCUCGAGCUUCCUAUCCCGCCAGCUGCCUUUCCUGAGUACCCUGCGACGGCUAGAAGACCAGGCCACUGCCUACGUGUGUGAGAACCAGGCCUGCUCGAUGCCCAUCACCGAGCCCUGUGAACUACGGAAACUGCUACAUCAGUGACUGCCUCCCCCACCUCGGGCUGGGGCAGAAGGUGGAGCUUCCCAGCCGGCCAGAGACUCAGGCCCUGCAGGGCCCUGCAGAACCUGCGGCCACCCUUGAGCACACUGUCACCAGGUGACCUCGGCCAUCCUCGCUGACCCACCUUGGGCACUCACUUACCCUGGAAUAAACCUAACAGCGUCCUGCGGGAACGUCAGGGCCUCAACCUUGCUUAUAAGAGAGGGGCCUCGGGCUCCAGCAUGGGAGCCAGCAGCCCAGAGCCCCUUUUCUGGGAGCCCCUAGCUGCCCCCUCUGCCUCCUUGGAUUCCUCUUUCACCUUCAAAGGUCACCAGGCUGACUCUGCCCCGCUCUAUGGACAUGGCAACCUGAGUGAAGCUGAGGUCAGGGGACCAGUAAUGACCACCAGUGGUGGGGGUGUGUACUUGCACGGGAGGGGAAAGGCCUAUCCUUGCCCUCAGGAAGGGUUAAGAAAGGGGCCUGCCCUCCCUUCCUAUGGUCUCCUCCAAUUUUAAGCUGGGGAAGAGGCGGGGGAUGCUUCAUAUAAGCUUUUAUUUUUCAUGAAAUUUGCAUAUGUUCUGGUCCAUUAUGGGAGCCGCUCUUAUCAGGACCAAGGACAUUUCUUUUGGGGUAUCUGUCCAGCUCCCAGCCUUCCUGCAGGAGGUCAUAUGGUCCAUCCCCCUGCCCUCACUUAAGUCCAGGGAAAGAGUUUUCUUUCAUUUGGAGCAUCUGUUGGGUUGGAAGUCCUUCUCCAAACCUGAGUCCUUCCUGCUGUAGGGAAAGCCUCUGCCUUCCUGUGAUCUCCUCCUGUUCCCUCAAUGUUGGGAGAUGCUCACAAGCCCCAUCCUUGGCACCCAACAUCUUCAUAGGCCCUGGAAACCCCAUCUAGUUUUCACCAGGGGGAGGGGACUGGGAAGCAUGCUUUGGGAAGGGCAAGUGUAGGAUAAUGGGGCUGCCCCCCAACCCUGGGCCCUUUGGGGGUCUGAUGAGCCUAGGCACCCUUGUAGCCCCAGAGCCAAGCAGUAGAGAGAGCCAGAAGAGGCCGCUAGAGAUGAGAUCUGAAUGGGGCCACUGCUUGUGGGGACAUCAGCAGUGGGGAGGAGCGGGGCUGGAAGGAGCUGGGAGACUGGACUGAAUCACUCCAAGGUCUGCUCAGGACCACAGCCACCCCCUGCACACUGUCAAUCAUAGCCACAUAUGGUCAACGGGACCCAGGUCUGGGCAACUGGGCCCUUGGUGCAAGCCACCGGCCCAUCUGGGGAGGAUUAGGGCUCCAGCCAACAAGGUAAACUGUCCCCUUUCUGGCUGGACCCUGCUCAGCCUGGCCAGGAAGUCUGGGGGCUGGGCAAGCAGAGCCUGAUCUGGGGGGCAGUAAGGAGGGAGGGUGGAGCAUGGUGAAGCACAGGUAGCCUUUUUGGCAGCCCCAGCCCUGGCUUUGGAAAGGUCUAGGCAGUUUGCAGAGUCCUCUUGCCUCAGUCGUCCCAUUGACCCUCAUGAAUGAGGUGGCAAGGCAGGUACCUUUGGCCUCAUAUGGAUAGAUGUUCAAGGCUCAGAGAGGGUAAGAGCCUGGCCUGAAACCGCUCAACAUAUCUCAUUCUUUCUGGGGUCUUCAGCGUGCAGUAAAGACCACUAAGGCUUCCUCUUCCCCCAGGAGGUCCAGCUGUGAAGGAGGGUGCUUUUGGUGUUUUCUGCCCCUCCAUCCCGUCUUCCUUCUGCUCUGUGUCUCCUCUUUUCCAUCCCCUGGUAUCAGGCAUGUGCCUGACAAUGGUAUUUAGUAAACGGGUUCAGAGGAAGGAGUUAGGGCCUUAAAGGGUUAUUUCUCUUGGGAGUGCUUGCAUUUUCUAAAGAGGGCAGGGCUGAGCAUUAGUCUUGCUCAGAUGUGGGGUUUUAAGUCUUCAGCCUCUCCUCUCCUUUGCUGGUCCCUCUUGUUCUGCUGGUAUGCUCCUUGUUCUGCUGGUAGGACUGUCCUGGAGGAGCUGUGGGCCAGGGCCGUUGGAGACAGGGCCUCAUAGUUUGGGCAGUCACUUAAGUAAUUUCAUCACCUCCUGGAGCCUCAGUUUCCUUAUCUAAAAAAUACCACCCAACUCCCAGCUCCCACCCAGCCACCAACUCCCAGGGCUGUGAGUUGACUAAAUAGGACAGUGUAUCAUUGCUGAGCAGAGAGCAUCACCUAUGGGAAGAUUCUCUUAGUUCCUGAGGGAGCCAUACUGGCUGUGAGGGACGUGUAAAUGGGAGCGGGCUGGAGGGGCUGGUGGAGCAGGACCUAUAUGGGUGUUCUCCCCUAAAAUCAGAGGAGAUCUUAGACAACUCUUAGACCAGCUGCGACCCAAAGAAAGGAAUUUCUUAUCCCUCCCAUUCCCCCUGUCUGCCUGAGGUUAUUUAUUCAUCUAACAGAGAUUUAUUAAGCACCUACUAUGUGCCAAACUGGUGAGCAAAAUGGAAAUAGCCCCUGCCCUCAGGGAACGUAGAGCCUAGAGGGGAAGAGAACCAUUUCCUACAAAUACAGACAUAAGCCUGGGCUGGGCCAAGUGCUCUGUCUGAGGUUAUGGACUCUGGUCUGAUCCAGAACUGUGUCCUCAGAACCUUGGCGCUUAGUAGGCACU